AUGGCGACGGCGUGCGAGCGGUGCGAGCUCGCGAUCGUCGGCAGUGGACGCGCGUGUUUGAGCGUCUUGUCGAGGCUGAGCAGAGGUCGCGCCGAACGAGCGGUGGUGAUCGACCCGUCGGGGGCGUGGUUGUACUCGUUCGCGAGGACGCAACUCAGGCUGGGGGCGACGCACUUGAGAUCGACGACGACGCAAGUGCCGUUUGAGAACGCAUGUGGACUCGAGCGGUACAUAGAGACGUUGGGGAAGAAACGCGAUGUGGUGCGGACGGGUAGUGGGUUCGCGGGAGUGCCGAGUGUGAGGGUGUUCGCGGAGUACUGCGCGAAGACGGUGGCGGAGCGAUUCGGUGGCGUGCGCGUGGAGCGAGGCACCGUCGUGGACGUGCGGUGGUGCGACGAGACGUCGGAAGAGGUUCGUGACGCGUUCAAAGCAAUUGACGAGAGCGAAGGCGCUGCUGGCGUGGGCCAGGACGAGCGUGAUGCGGUGGCUAUGAUGCGGUGCGGCGCGAUUUUAUUGACGCUCGACACCGGAAAGACGUUUCUCGCCGCGCGAUGCGUGUGGACGCCGAAGUUUUCCCUUCCGCUAGUUCCGUCCUGGGUCCUGGAAGCGAAAGCGUCGUACGCAAAGUACAACGCGUCUUACGACCGCCAAAGCAUCGAUUGUGGAAUCAUGAACGCAGCCGACGUGGAUAUGAGCGCCACUGAUUGCGCGCGAGGAAAGUGCAUCUUGGUCGUCGGCGGAGGAACGACGGCGGCGACGCUCGCGCUCGCUGCGCAGACGCGCGGCGCCAAGGUAGUGACGCUGAUGUGCCGAAGGAAAAUCACCGUGAGUGAGUUUGAAUGCGACGUGAAGUAUUUUGGGAAUAAAGGACUGUACGAAUUUCACGCGUGCGCCGACGCGCAAAUUCGCGCCAACAAGCUCGAGUCCUUCAAGUCGAAGGCGAGCGUGAACGAGCACACGCACCGUCGUUUGCGAGAUGCAGCCUUAAAGACUGAUAAUAUUCGAGUUCUGGAGCAACGCGUGUUGAAUGGCGCCGUGUGGAGCGACAGAGAAAAGAAAUGGCGCGUUCGAUCGGCGCCUACGGAUGAAGCCAAAGUGGAGUUCGAGUCGGCGAUGUACAGAAGGUAUCGCGACGAAGGAAUCGAGCCCGAUAGUUCAGCGCUCGCCAUUUUCGAAAAAGAAGUCACAUCUACACACGAUGAGAUAUGGCUAGCGUGUGGUGAAUUCGUGGACCUGGCGAAAGAUCCAGCGCUCCGCACGCUCGUGGAGACAACGUCCGUAGAAAUCGCUCGAGGCUUCCCUGCGCUCGCGGAGGAAAAAAUUGAAUGUGCGCACGACAAAGGACAAACCGCGGCUGCAGGCGGAGGUGGAGGCUGUCGAUGGCCAGGAACGUCGAUGUACGUGUUGGGUGCGUACGCCUCGCUAACCAUAGGUCCCGGGGCAGACCUCCCCGUGGGGCAUCGAAUGGCGGCGAAGCAAGUCGUCGACGCAAUGAAGAAACACGAGACGGCGAUAUUGCGCAAUAAGAACCCGUAUCAAGUCGCCGAAACGAGCAGUGAAGCACAGCGAACGCCGGAUAGAGGUGAAACGUUCGAUCGCUUCAAAAAGCUCCCACCUGAGCUCGCGGACAAAGGUUUGAUUGAUAUUGAAAGCUUGAUCGCUGGCGCCGCGAUGGAGCGCGUCGAGUUGGACAAUUACGAAAUGUACGAAGAAGAUAUGAGGGCGGAGAUUCGUUUGAAAAUUCCCGAGGCCAUUCUUGCGCGCGAUGUUUACGUGUGCUUUCAAGAUCGAGCGUUAGAGAUGUGGGCGCUUGGUAAACAAAAUGCUUAUCGCUUCUUCAUCCGCAAGCUCUACAAGAACGUCAUCGUUGAUCGCUGUUCGUACAGGGUGUACGCCAAUAAAAAUCGCGUCGUGCUCAACAUUCACAAGUACACGAACCAUUAUUGGCGGUAUCUUAGAGACAGGUAG